AGGGGUUCGAAUUGACUGUUUCGAAAAGUGAGGGUGAAGAAAGUGAGCCUUGACGUUUUUUAAUGACCUACAAAGCAAAAGAGACCCAAAAAGAUCAAAUUCUGAUUCCUCCGACUAACCCAUUUCCAUCAGGAUCGUUUUCCUCCGUUUCCUUCUUCCUCGCCGUUCUUCGGAUUUUCACUCUUCUGCUCGAAAGGGCAGUGCUUGAGAAUCAUUGAAGAAGGUGAUCUCUGUUGCUUUUUGACACAACAGAUCAGUAACUGGAAACAGACACUGUCCAUUUUACCAACUCCAAACUUGAUUAGAGCCGCUUUGCCGCAAAUAGAGUAGCACAAGUUAGGAGCUCAAGAAUUUGGAGUUGUCAUCUCUUUGUAUCAUGCCGUAUUUUAUUCAGAGGCUUUUUAAUACUUGCAAGGCAUCUCUGUCGCCUAAUGGACCUGUGUCUGAGGAGGCCUUAGACAAGGUUCGCACUGUGUUGGAGAAAAUCAAGCCGUCUGAUGUUGGGCUCGACCAGGAAGCUCAACUGGUGCGUAACUGGUCUGGUCCUGGGGAUGAGCGUAAUGGAACCCAUCAUUCUCUGCCAGCAAUAAAAUACCUUCAUUUACAUGAGUGUGACAGCUUCUCGAUUGGAAUUUUCUGCAUGCCACCUUCGUCUAUCAUACCACUUCAUAAUCAUCCAGGCAUGACAGUGCUAAGCAAGCUCGUUUACGGUUCAAUGCACGUCAAGUCAUAUGAUUGGGCUGACCCUGAGCCAUCUGAGCUAGACGAUCCAUUACAAGCAAGACCCGCAAAGCUGGUCAAGGACACUGAAAUGACGGCCCCUUGCGCAACAACCACACUAUAUCCAACAACCGGUGGCAACAUUCAUUGUUUCAAAGCCAUUACUCAUUGUGCAAUCUUCGAUAUCUUAUCUCCUCCAUACUCUUCUACUCAUGGAAGACACUGCAAUUACUUCCGGAAAUCCCCAAUACGAGACUUACCUGGUGAGAUAGAAGUGAUGAAUGGAGAAGUGAUCUCAAAUGUGACAUGGCUUGAAGAGUAUCAACCUCCAGACAACUUUGUGAUAUGGAGAGUUCCGUACAGAGGCCCUGUGAUUAGAAAAUGAUAUAUUAAUAAAAAGGUGUAAGCAUAUAAGAAAAGAGCAGGAAGAGGAAGGAGCUUAUCAUCAGGAGAGAAUAAUUGGUAAACCACUCAGAGGCGUGCUGCUUUGUGGUCAAAAGAUUCAUACAUAUUUGUGACCCAAUUGAGUUUCAACCUAUUUCAUUAUACUAUAAGAUUGUUUACUACAUACAUCUUUACGUUUACUUUACUAGUUUAAUAGUAUAGUUAUUUUUUUUGUUUACAUAGACAAUUGCUCACGAACGAUGUCAUAACUAGUUUUCAUAAUUUGUAUUUCCAUU